AUGAACGAUCCGAGUUAUUAUUCUCUUAAAUUGCUCAAAGUUUGUGGUUUGCACCCAAACUCAAACAAUAAGCUUCUUAAUGUUUAUUUUGUGGUGAAUUAUUCGUGUUUUUUGGCGAUUUUAACGCUUGCCAUUAUUGGAAUUUCCAAAACUUACGAUAGUAAUGUUUUUGAAGCGAUCGAAAACUUACAAACUGUCUUUCUCUACAUUCAUGUAAGUAACAGAUUUUUUUUCACACUUGACUGUUUUUUCCAGUUAUUGGGUAAAUACCCGACACUUUUCUUCAAGAAAAAAACACUGAAAGAGCUGCUAGAACGCCAAAAACAAUUCUGGCCUAUUGAUAAUGUUGAACCAAAACUCGCCAAAAAAUUUGACCAGAUUUUGACCAACACAACGAAAUUUAUUCGCUAUUUUAUAAUCGUUACGUUUCUAGUAAUAAUGAAUUUUUUUCUACAACCGAUUCUAACAGGGGAUUUACCGGUACGUGUGUACGUACCGUCUGGUUGGUUCCAUUACAUCAAUUCAGUCUACUGGUACUUGAUUCCGGUCAUAAUUGGAAGUAUCUACGGUUCUGAUUUAAUUUUUUGCUCACUUUGUGUUCCCGUUAUUAUACAAUUUCAAUUACUAGCACACAAAUUCGAAAAGUUCAAACCCCAACAGUUGAAAAAACUCGUCGAUUAUCACAAUUUUCUAAUAAAAUAUUGCAACGACUUGAACAAAUACAUUGAACCGAUCUUCCUCAAUCAAGUGAUCGUAGCCACGGCCAUAAUCUGCAUGCAGUUGUUUAUAGUUUCGCAAAAGGAAUUUUUACUCCCCAACAAACUAAAAUGUUUGGGUUAUUGUUUUGGCGAAGUGAUCGAAACUGCGAUUUAUUGCUUCAAUGCCGAAAUGAUUUCUGAUGCUGCCGAAAAAGUUGGCAUCGCUGUGUAUAAUUCACAGUGGUACAAAGUACCACGAAAAUCGGUCGUUUUGGUUAUUGCCAAGACGCAGAAAAAGGUGGUUUUUAACGGACUUGGUUUGGUUGCAAUUAACUUGAAAACGUUCACACAGAUUUUCAAAACCGCGCUGUCGUUUUAUAGUUAUUUGAACACGAUGGUAGCAUUUGAAAAGAACUAAAAUUAGACAACCAAAUAACAACGUUACAACUAUUUAGUUUUUGCAUAUGUAUAACUUUAAAUUAGGGCUGUGUGCUUGCUGAGGUUGUAAUAAGUGUUGUAAUAAAGCAAUUUGAGCCUUUUUUCAA